GUUGAGCUAAAACCAUCAGUCUGCGGAACCUACAUUUCCCGCCAGUUGAGUCUGGACUCUGGAUAUGGCUAUUGUUGCCGCUCCCUUCAUUUGUUUAACCCAAUUCGAAAAACCUAGGUUUAUUAAUUCCUCUGUUUCUCUCAUACAAAGAAACAACAAAGCAAGGAUCGUUUCUUCAUCCACGAGAAGAAAAUUGGUUCUUGUGUUAAGUAAAUUGGAAGAUGAUGGAGACAAAUUAGACCAGAACAGCUUAAAAGAGGAGGAAGAGGAGGUGGAAAAGAGUUUAGGGGUAAAGGCAGCUCUAUCAAUGCUCAAGUUCUACAAAAGAGAAAUCUCGCCGAUUAUGCCGAAUAGUUGUCGAUAUGUGCCAACUUGUAGUGAAUACUCAAUGGAAGCGUACAAAAAAUAUGGAGUGGCAAAGGGCACCAUAUUAACAGCUUGGCGUCUUUGUCGUUGCAAUCCUCUCGGUGGAUCUGGGUUUGAUCCUCCAAGAUGGUUUGAUGGGAAAAACACAUUAGAAGAAUGAGACCUUUUAAUGUAAUCUCUGAACAAUUUUAGGCAGGAGUAUUUGGUUGGUUAGGAAACUCAACUGGAAAGGAGUAUCAGUUUGCGUAUUAUGAUAAUGAUGACACUGUCUUACCCAGGAUAGACUUCUUCAAGGUUUUAAAGAUCCUCCCAUCACUCUCAAGGAAGCAGUAAGUACAAGUGAUUCUUUCUCCGCAUUAUAUAGCUCUGCCGUUGUUAUUAUCGCUAUGACGAGUAAUCAGAAACCUGUACAAACUGUAUGAGACCUUUAAGAAAUCCUAUUAGUCAAAUUAUCCAUCAAAUGAACUUAUUGAUAUGCAAUAACGUAUUAACUCA